AUGGAGCAGCGGUUGGCAAACGAACACGAACAAUUACAAGAGAAGCAUGAUCAGCAGUUAGUUGAGAAAGAUGAACAUUUAGUGAAUUCAGAAUUACAUGUAAGAGAGGUGACUCAGCUAUUGGCCAAUGUCCAAGGGCAACUACAAGUAAAAGAUGAAGAAAUUGCUGGUUUACGAAAUCAGGUUACAACCUUAGACAGACUGUUAACGGCCAAAAAUCAGGAAGUGAUUGAACUCGAAACUAGUCUCUCAACAGCUCAACAAUUAGCGUUAAGUGAACGUCAACGUCAGGAGUCACCUGAUUGGGUACUUUCACGAGAUCAAGUUGAGGUGACAAAAAAAUGCCUUGGUAGUGGAGGCUGGGGAAGUGUUAUGGAAGGACGGUAUUGUGGCUGUGCUGUAGCUGUGAAACAGAUCCAUGAUUUGAUCAUUUCUCCUUACAGUCGUAGAUUGUUUGAACGGGAAUUGGUCAUUGCAUCAAGAUGCCGCCACCCUUGCCUGCUGCAGUUUAUUGGAGCUACAAAUGACGAAGAGAAUCCAUUGUUUGUUACAGAGCUCUUGGAAACAAGUUUACGAGCAUUUAUAGAGCAGAGAUCCCUCGCCAGGCAGUCUCUUUCCGCAUCUGAACUAUCCGUUAUUUCUCUGGAUGUUGCUCGGGCACUAAACUACCUUCACCUAAAGCAACCAUCUCCCAUAAUACAUCGCGACAUAAGUAGUGCAAAUGUAUUGCUAUGGAGACAAGGUGACCAAUGGCGAGCUAAGGUGUCAGACUAUGGUACGGCUAAUUUUAAGCAACAGACCAUGACAGUUGCUCCAGGGGCUGCAAUUUACAGUGCACCUGAGGCACUCACUAAGAAUCAAACAGUUAAGGUUGAUGUCUACAGCUACGGUGUCCUUCUUUGUGAGAUGUGCAUCUUGGAGAUGCCAGACCCUGGAAGACGAGAAGAACAAGUUGCACUUGUACCAAACCGCGCGAUUCGAGCUCUCAUCCGGGAAUGUCUGAAAACAGAGCCUGACGCGAGACCAAGUAUGGAAGAAAUAACCGGUGAACUUGCACAGCCAGCAUGACUGUUGGGUGGAUACAUGUGAAUAAAACUCUUAAAGGUA